UGCGGAAGGCGCGUGUCGCGCGUGUCCAUAUGAAGCCGCGAGGGAGAGGCGCCGACGCAAGGGCAUCAGGAAGGACAGCCGGGACAGCGCCGCCGACACCGGCCCGUUCCUCGGCGCCGCAUCCGGACCGGCGCCGCACGCGACUCGUCGGGGCGGCGGCGCACGCAUCGGGUCGCGUGAGGUGCUGACGUCAACCGCGGCACGUGAGCGGCGGCGGCGUGACGCGCCGCGUGACCGCCGGCGCGCCAGACCAGCGGCAGAGCGCGGCGGCGCGGCCGGGAUUGUGCGGUACGACGUCGACGACAGCGGGCCGACCAUGGACACCGGCUGGGAGCAGGCGCUCCGGCUGAAGAUGGAACAGCGGAGCCUCAACUUCUGCGCGCUGGCGGCCGAGCGCCGUCGCCAGGAGCUGGACGAUGCGGACGUGCGCGGCGGCAAGAAGCCCGCCCGGGUGAGUGGGCCCAGCAGGAGGGCCUGGUUGUUCCUCUGCGGCAGACGUGGUGCCCGGGAUUGCAGUCCAAGCUGCGGCCGCCCCCGGCCAGGAGCCCGCCGCUUGGACUGGGAUCGAGGGCACCACCGCUUCGGCAGAGACCCCAUGUCGCACCGGAUCAUCGAGAAGCGGCGCCGAGACCGCAUGAACAACUGUCUGGCGGACCUGAGCAGGCUCAUACCGGCCGUCUACCUCAAGAAGGGUCGCGGCCGGGUCGAGAAGACCGAGAUCAUCGAAAUGGCCAUCAAACACCUGCGGCACCUACAGGCUCACUCCUGCAAGGACCCCACGACGUGCGAGGUGGCGCAGCGAGUGGACUCGGACCACAGGCUACAGUACCGGCUAGGCUUCCAGGAAUGCCUCUCGGAGACUGCCAGGUUCUUGGUUGACCUGGACGGGUCCUGCACCGCGGACGACACCUGCUUCCGCCUCGUGGCACACCUGCAGAAACACUUUGACAAGGUCUCCGGAGCGGGGUCCUGCUAUCCGGCGGGUCUCGUCCUCUCGGAUGAAGAGGCCACCAUGGAGCCCCCCGAGCGGCAGCCGAAGCAGGAGCCGACGGCCGCCCUUCCAGACGGCUCAUGCUCGUCCUCGUCUUCGUGCUCCUCGGUGAGCCAGCUCCGGGAGAUGCUCCAGAACCCCGGCCUGAGCGUCCAGGAGUGCAUGCGACGCUCCUCCGACUACCUCCUGGCAGCUAACAAUGGCAACAAUAACAACAACCUCAACAACAAGCCGCCCACCGCCGAGGAGGCCUACAAGUUCAAGAACGACAUCAAAGACCGCUUUCACAAGGACGCGCAGUGGGGCGGCGAGCGCCCCGACGAGCGGCGACACUCCCACUCGCAAGGCUCGUCGCUCGUACCCGUGCCCAGCCCGACCCGUCACACGGUGUCUGCGCCCCCGCCGGACCCGCCCCCCGAGAACCCGUCGCCCGGACCCGGCCCCGGGGUGGCGGCCUUUGCGCUCCACCCCCGGGGCUCCUUCUACAUUCCCGUCACCCUGGACCCGACCCUGGUGGGACCCGCCCUUGCCUAUGUGGACGAGUCGCCGCAGGCUGCGCUGCACCCCGUCAGUAUCUCUGUGCAAUUUGGCCGGCAGAGGCCCCUGGGUCCACCGCCGUGGCCCCAGUGCCCCUGGAGGCUGCGUCUUGGAGAGCCCAACGGCUGUGCCUGAGGCCCUCGGGGGGGAUCACUGGCACAGCUUGGGGCGUCAGUCGUAACUUAUUGCACCCCUUAUUUAUGACCUUCGUUGAGUUUUCCGAGUCUAUUGUUGAGGAGCCCACCAAUAAAGACGAGCCUUGUUGAAUCUUCCACGUUUGCCCCGUGUGUGCGUUUUCCAUCUGCGCUCCCUCUGUUACCGGUUUUGACUCUGUCUAGCCUUGUUACCUUUUGAGGGCGGGGGAGAAGCAAUUUCUGAGGUUAAACUUUUUUUUUUUUUUAAGUUGCUGCGACGGUUAGGUCGACGUUUGUUUUAUUCUAGUCUCAAUGCUGUGCACGCAAAGACUUGAUGCACGAGGGUUGUGCAAUGAGUGCUGUUACCCUGAACAAAUGUGCCAUUUACAACGUUUCGAGUGUUUUUAAGGUUGGUUACAUGCCAUUGUUCUUAGUUGAAUUGCCAAAUAAAAUGCCACUGCCGCAUCA